AUGUCCACCUUUCCAACCUCCGAGUGUCCUCCGAAGGACGAAGAUACCCGCUCUACAACCUCAGCAGAGGACUCCGACGUAACCGACGAAGAAGGCUGGGAGGAUCUUGAGCCCGAUCAGGAAGAAUUUGAGCCCAUUGUGGGCUUAUUCUCCGACAAGAUCUACCCCGAUGUGAAUGCGAUGCUGCAGGAGAGCAAGGACAAGCAUGAUUUUGAUCUGCGGAAGAUUCAGAAGGAGUUUGAUUUGGAUUUUAUUGGUCUGAUCAAACUUGUCAACUAUAUUCGAUCCGAGGUCAAAGCCGGAAAUACGGCCCCCGAUGUAUCUUCCACGGACAAGUUCGACGACGAAGCCUACAUGAAGCCCGUGUUGGAAGACGAUGCUCUCUUAUACAGCUUGGGCGACAUUGCGGAGGAGGAUGAGCCUGAGGCGUCCGGCGGAAACGAUGCUGAGCGCCGUGUGGUCGAGUUGCAGGAAGAUCUUGAGCGUCUCCAGACUCAAUUCACCGAAUACCGAUUGGCUGUCCAACGGUCGAUGGAGGAACAAUUGACUCAGGAGGAUAAUAAAUUGUCAUCCGCUGGCCCAUCAAUGAGGAACAAGAACAAAAUUGAGGAGGCCGAUUCGGAUUACUUCGUGUCCUACCAGUAUAAUGGCAUCCACGAGUCCAUGCUCAAAGAUACAGUCCGUACUGAUUCCUAUCGUGAUUUCAUUUACGACAACAAGCGCCUUUUCCAGGACAAGGUUGUGCUGGAUGUCGGAUGUGGCACGGGCAUUCUCUCCAUGUUCUGCGCCAAGGCCGGUGCCAAAAAGGUCAUUGCUGUCGACAACUCAGACAUCAUCGACCGGGCCAAAGAAAUCGUUUAUGAGAAUGGCUUUGGUGAUGUGAUCACAUGCAUCCGCGGCAAAAUCGAAGAAGUUACUCUCCCCGUGCAGCAGGUUGACAUUAUCGUGUCCGAAUGGAUGGGAUACUGCCUGCUUUUCGAAGCCAUGUUUGAUUCCGUCAUCUACGCCAGAGACCGCUAUCUCGCACCCGAUGGACUCAUGGUCCCAUCCGACGCUACUCUCCGCAUUGCUCCGUUCGCUGACUCGGAUUUCAUAGCCUCGCAUAUCUCCUUCUGGCACUCGGUGUACGGCUUCAAUAUGAAGAGCAUGCUCACCGGCAUCUACGACGAGGCAAACGUCCGCAGCAUCCAACCGUCUGCACUUCCUGGAGACUCAUCAGUCUUCCUAAAGCUCCCAUUGCAUACCAUCACCGUUGAGGAGCUAUCAUUCUUGAAAGAAUUUCAGGUCACCCUUAAGGAAGAUAUUGACACACUCGAUGGCUGGUCCAUUUGGUUCGAUAUCUUCUUCAUGCCUUCAAGAAACGCUACGGUUCCAGACGAUGCUGUUCCUUCGGAAAUGCAGAAGAAAGGCUACGUUGCUUUUACUACAGGACCAUAUGGAACCGAGACGCACUGGCAACAGGGUGUUCUGCUCAUCGACCACGGCCGGAAGGGUGGCGUGCCAUUGAAGAAGGGCCAGACCAUCAGCGGAAAGGUUGGUUAUCAGAAGAAAGAGCCAAAUGCGCGCACGCUGAACAUUACCGUCGACUGGGAUGCGCAGGAGGGCGGUAAGGGAUCCCAGAAAUGGAGUUUGUAA